UUACGUUACUUUGAGUUAAAAACUUGAAAUAUUUCAAAAUAUUUCUUUAACUUUUAAGAAAUCUCGAAGGACAUUAAAAGGCUCAGAAGUCAACAGCCAUUUUCAUUGUGUCUGCUCCAGAGGGCCACGUGUGUGUAUGGGUAUCUUUCGUCAAGGCGACAACUGCGGUUUGUAACGUCACUUGGAGCAUUUCUAUUUCGGCUCGGUGUCGCGGGCGUGCGAGACUCGGCGGCAUGCGACCGAUGCGACCGGCGCGACACGCGGCGCUAGCGCAGACCAAGUGUUAAAGAACUUUAGUGAGCGCGCAUGUAUCCCGAACUGAACACGUUUAAACAAACACGCGCCGGGCUAAAUACACUUUUUUGACAACCUGUGCCAUAUGUGAUUGUGAUGUGCGAAAGUUUAUCAGUAUAGUUUAGUGAUACCUACCCAAAUAACGAAUUGUGUGUUCGACAAUGCAGGAGAAUUAUAAACUAUGUAGACCUUCAUUAUUUUAUAACAUUAGUCAGCACAUAUUGAGAGUAUAAAUAAAACACUCACAGUCACAGAGAACACUUCUUUGGUAAGGACUAAUCUUCAGUCAACACUUUAAAUUCUACCCAUAAACCAGUAUAUUUACAUGCAUUCUUUUAACUAGGAAAUGACCUUGUUCUUAAUAAAGCGAGUCUGUAGGCCGUUAACGCGAUUACAUCGACAGUGAAUCAUAAUAUACAAUAUCAUAGUGAUUAUAAUAACCUCUCCAGGAAUUGUUUUAUUGAUAAACUUAAUGUAGGAACCUAAUGCUUGCAACGAGCGUUUCAUCACAGCUGAUUCUUGCUUUUCAUAGAACAACAGUUCAACUUUAUUAUCAGGUCACAUCGUACAUGUGAUAGAACAGGUGCGAUAUUAUAAAAUACUUUUGUCGAUCGGUGUACUCGACGCAUUAGAUACCUUUGUUUAUUCAGUGAUAACGCCGGAGUAUUCAGCGCACGUUCUGUGCCAUGAACGGGCAUUUACAUUCUUAUCGCAGACUCGACCACGUGCUCGUUGUGAUUCGGAGACAGUGCGUAUAGAACGAGCGGAUAGAACCGAUGACGUCAUGCGCGCGAGUUAUGUACCUAGGUAAUGCUGGAUCUAAUUAGUUUCGUCGGUGGUGAACAGUGGUCCGUGUGUGGUGAGUGCGUUCCGAGCGUUGUGCCGUCAACGGGUCGAUAUGUUGUUGCAUGGUGGCGGGAUAUCGAGAGGGCCUGUACAACGGAGUCGCUUAGGUCCUUGCGUAGUUCCAUGCUGGCCUGGGGCAGGGGCAGCGCAGGCACGUCGAAGCCUGUGCCCCCGCGCGCCCCGCCCCGCCAGAACCGUCUCCGCUCGUCGCCACCGCGCGAUGACAGCGAGGCUGACAGCGACCGGGACGCCGAAGGCCCGGUGCUCAAGGGCGCCGCCGCCCUGGCUCGAAGACGACACGCCAUAAAAAUCAAAAGGAAAUCGAAGAUCGUCUACAGAGUACUAAGACGCACUGGAGAUGCGGGUGCGCGCGUCAUUCGUUCCACCCCUGACUGGGGCGACGCGGCCAUCAGCGGGGAACACCUGUGGUCGCCGACCUCGGUCUCCGGAGACUGCUGCUACGUGGGUGACGCCGAGUGUCAGAAGCACGGCUCCCGUAUGAAGUGUUCGGCGUGCAAGAUCGUGGCUCACACCGCCUGCAUUGACAUCCUCAUGGACCGCGUCCAAUUCACGUGCAAGCCUACAUUCCGGGACGUGGGAGUGAGGCAAUACCGCGAGCAGACCAUAACGCACCACCACUGGGUCCAUCGCCGCUCCGAGAAGGGCAAGUGCAAGGCUUGCGGCAAGUCAUUGCGGCGCAGAUGCUGUGGGUGGUGCAUACCAUCAAGCACCUCAGGAAAUAAACCUGUAGACAGUGAUAUUGCGGAAAGCUCGCUGCAAGCGAAGCUAUCUUUUACUUCGAAAGAAAUUGUAGCGCUGAGCUGCUCGUGGUGUAAGGACGCGUACCACAACAAAGAGAGCUGCUUCAACUUGCAGCGAAUAGGGGAGGAGUGUUCACUCGGAUCUCAAACUAAUAUAAUAGUUCCACCAUCCUGGAUCGUAAAACUACCAAGGAGAGGCAGUUUCAAAUCGUCUUUAAGAAAAUCUCCUAAAAAAAAGAACGCAUCUAAGAAGAAAGGGAAAGACUCGAAGAACGAGCAAAAGACUUUUGUGAUAAAACCUAUUCCUACGGCUAGUGUGAGGCCGGUGCUUGUGUUCAUAAACCCGAAGAGUGGCGGCAACCAAGGGGCCAAACUUCUGCAAAAAUUUCAAUGGCUUCUAAAUCCAAGACAGGUGUUCGAUCUCACGCAAGGAGGCCCUGGUCCUGGACUGGAGCUGUUCCGGAAAGUGCCUAACCUGCGCGUGCUGGCGUGCGGCGGAGACGGCACCGUGGGUUGGGUGCUGAGCGUGCUGGAUCGAAUCGGCGCGCGGCCGGCAGUGGGCGUGCUCCCGCUUGGCACCGGCAAUGAUCUCGCGAGGGCGCUCGGCUGGGGCGGGGGCUAUGAAGACGAGCCGAUUUCGAAGAUCCUGGCAAACAUAGGUGAGAGCGACACUGUGCUGCUAGACCGAUGGCAGUUGACGGUGGAGCAAAACACAGCGGCCGCCGCUGAAGACACCACCCACGCCAAGCCCGAGCUGCCGCUCAACGUGGUCAACAAUUACUUCUCCUUCGGCGUCGACGCUCACAUAGCCCUGGAGUUUCACGAGGCGAGAGAGGCGCAUCCAGAGAAAUUCAACUCGCGCAUACGAAACAAGUUGUUCUACGGCACCGCUGGCGGCAAGGACCUGAUGCAGCGAAAAUGGAAGGGGCUGGCCGACUUCGUGACCAUGGAGUGCGACGGGAAAGACCUCACGCCGGUCCUAAGAGAGCACAAAGUUCACGCUAUUGUUUUUUUAAACAUUCCAAGCUACGGAGGCGGGACCCACCCGUGGAACAAGUCGGGCGGCGCCGUGGAGCCCUCCACAGAAGACGGCCUUAUAGAAGUAGUAGGAUUAACGACAUAUCAAUUGCCUUUACUGCAAGCUGGGGGCCAUGGUACCUGCAUCACGCAAUGCAAGACUGCCAAAAUCGUCACCACUAAGGUGAUCCCGAUGCAAGUGGACGGCGAGGCGUGCAGGCUGGCGCCGUCCAUCAUCACCCUGUCCAGACUCAACCAGGCGACCAUGCUCGCCAAGAGGAAACCCGGGAGGGUUUUAGCACCGCAAACAACGGUGGACAAGUUAACGUUAACAGUGAAUCUCAUCACCAUGGCUGAUUAUGAAAGACAUCAUUACGAUAAGGAACUUCUAGCAAAAACAGCGGAGCGCGUAGGCACUCUGGAGGUGAACCCGGCAGCUGACUUGGAGCAAAUGCGCGCCCUCAUACAAAAUAUGAUCAAAGAAUCUCAAGCAUACUCGAACAUCGUCGACUGGUGGUUCGUCGACUCGGUAACGGCGGAGCGAUUCUUCCGAAUCGACAAAGCUCAAGAGAAUCUCCACUACCCAACGGAUAUUGGUCAUGAAAACAUCUACAUCCUGGAUGCAGCGCCGCUUACUCCUGACACUGAGUCUACUGCACAUCCAGAGACGACUGCCACCGCCUCGUUGGACCGCACCGGUCCUUCAGUCUCUCUCGAUACCACCACUGGACUGUCGGUCUCACUAGACAUCUCGCAGAGCGUCGACACUCCAAGCGCUGGUGUCUCCCUCGAUGUACCCGAAUCUCACGCCAGUGAGUCAGGACUGGGUAGUCCAGCGCGCACGUCUGAGGAGCUGCUCACUCCGCAGACUCCGCCGCCCGCGCCACCACGAGUCCCAACUCCGCCGGCGAGGACAGUCCCGCCCACGCCCAAAACCCAACCCACAUCACCAAGGAUGACCUUACAGGAAACCAACUCACCACCGCUCUGCACGAGUCCUCCAGCCAAGGAACACCAAGCCACGCACGACUCUAUAGUACGAUUCAAGACAAAUUUACUGGAAAAAACAUCGGACGCUCUACUCAAAGCGGCCAAAGUCGGUGACUUAAAAAUGAUGAAGGAACUGCACGGGGCAGGCUAUUCGCUUCUAUCGAUCGACGCGAGCGGUCAAACGGCCCUCCAUAUCGCAGCCAGAUACGGGAAUAAGGAAAUCGUCAAGUACUUGAUAGCGUGUGCGCCUACCGCCAUUCUGAACAUGCGAGAUAAUGAGCGGGGUCAAACGGCAUUACAUAAGGCUGCUGCUCAUAAACGCCGGGCUAUAUGCUGCAUGCUGGUUGCUGGAGGUGCCUCCCUCACUAGGCAGGAUCAUGCAGGUCUCACUCCACGCCAUCUAGCGCUCAGAGCCGAAGACCACGACUUGGCGGCGUAUUUAGAAAGUCAAGAGCAUUUCCAAUUAGUGUCCGAAGACCUAGAAACUGCUGUUUAAGGGAAAAAGUCCACGGAAGCCAUUCCAUAAGCAAAUUCGGUCGGAACGCAAGUACCUACAUAGUAAUACAUAAGAAAUGUUUUACUGAACUUAUACUCUGACACCAAAGUGAUAUUGAUAAUGCCUAUCUUGUGACCAUUUUCCAUUGAAAUUUUCAUAAUAUUGUAAUUUAAUUCUAAAUUAAUAUUGUAAAAUAUGAAUAUAAUUAGCGUAUGAAUGAAUAUUACGUUGUAUUUGAAUUGUAUAAUUAUUGUUAUUUAAUAUCUCAAAGAUAUUAUUAGGAAAUCUUUUCAGUCUCUUAGAAUGUUUAAAUAAUACCAGAAAUUUUAUCGUACUUACAAAUCUCUUAGUUUAUACUCACAUUCGUGAGUGUGAUUAAAAUUCAUAUAAUUGAAAUCAAAUUUUAUUCUUUGAUAACAUUUGUAGAUUAAAAAUUACAGAUACAAUGUAGUUAUAGGGUCAAAUUUCCGACAAAAAUCGUCUAGUUUCGUCACAAGUACAAUUUCCAAGAGACAUUUAUAAAAUAAGUAAUAGCAGUAUAUAUAUAAAGUAGGAAACUUGAUGAAUACAAUAUAUAAUUCCCAUUUAAAUUACAUCCUUUGAAGUUGACUACACGCACAUGCUGUUUAUAAAAAAAUAAAAACGUGGUAAUAUUUACCGUACCAACAAAUUCAACAAAUUACUAAAAUAAUAAAAGCUUAUUAAUAUUAACUACCUAAGUGAAUUUCAAAAGAAUUUUAAUUUUUUCAUAAAUUUUGUAAAAUGAAUUGGGCUGAAAUGUGAAAUCUUGAAACAUAUCUGAGUAAAUAAAUUUAUAUAAAGCUAUGUGCCUGUAUGCAACCCUCACACACAAUAAAUUUAUUUUACCUUAUUUGAUUUCCUUUCCAUUUUGUAGUGUAUCUAAGGGACCCCGAUCUUCAUACAUUUUAUCUCUAAGCAUUUGAAUAGAGGAUCUAUUCUGUGAAUAGUCAAAAAGAGACUCGAAAAGAAGUCGUUCACAAAGUAAAAGUAAUGGAAACACGUCUAAGAAUCCUAAAUCCUUGACACGACCUAAAAUUUAUUGUGAACAGAAUUGGAAGAAUGGUUCUUCUCAUUUGACGUCGAUUCACUGUUGUUUCUUCAAAAAUAUUUAUGACAUCCUAAAACUUUGAUUUUCGUCAAAAGUUUGCUAAUUAACCAAUAAUUAACAUACAUCAUUCAGUCAUACGAUCCAGAGUAAUAUGUAAUAUGAGUUUUAUUUGCCUUAUAAUUUCUACAAAAAAAUAUAUAUUCUACUUAGCUACGAGUAUAAUAUAAUAGUGUUCUAGUGAGUAAUAAUAGGCCUUAUCUACUUAAAACUCUCUUCCUAAUCAUUUAGUUGCGAGGUUCCGAUUGUAAUAAUCUUUCGUAGUGUAUACCUUAAAACUAUUCACUGGUAAGGGAUAGUCUUAGACUAAAUUUAUGUGCCGCUGUGUUAAUUAGAAUGCUGAUUUGAUCAGCUUUUUUUAAUAUUAUGAUCUCAAUUUCUUUGAUUUGUUUUAUUUUAUGUAUGUAUGAAUAAUUUUAUACCUAUGAUCUGCUCACAGUUGUACCUACUCCGAACGCUUGUUGUAUUUAUUUAUAUUCGUUAAGAUCGUUAACCGUUGGCUUUUGUCAUUUUGAUUAAAUAUUUAUUUUUAUAUUAUAUCGAUGUAAAGUAGCGGCAAACGGUUUUCAUGUAGUUCUAUUCGGAAUUGUCCGGAAGUCCGGCAGUUUGGAGGUUCGAUAGUAAGGAACAGCCGUACUAUUUUAUAAAAACAAACUCACUUUUUACCGGAAUCGGAAUCUGCGUUGUGAUUUAAUAUUAGAACACAAAAAAAAUAUAUCACACCGGUGAAAAGUUAGAAGUUUAUUCUUAUAGAAUGCACUAGCAGAUCCUUGCCGGAUUCCAAUCGACACCGUUGUAAUUUUUUCUUUGAUUCUCGUCGUCGCCUCUUGAAUUAUUGGCACGAGUCAAUGUCGUUAAUUGUUAUUUGUGACUGUAAUGCCAAUACCUCUAUUUAUAGAUAUGUAUCUAAUAGUUUAGUAUUUAACGAAUUUACUCGUACUACUCGCUGACAAGCGAACAAUGAAAGACAAAGCUGUGAGAAUUAUGGUCAUAAUGUAAAAAGUAGUUCAUUUUUAUUGUAAGCGAGAAUGAUGUACACACCUUAUCGCCGUUUGUGAGUUCCCCUACCCUUAUUUGUGAGUGUAAGAUUCGUGUUUCUCGCUAGUUUUAAUGUCGUCAAUAUUGACAUUUCUAAUUGUCAAUAUGUCUGUGUAUACCUCAAAUCAGAGUACGAUCUAUAUAGUCGUAACAGAAUUAUUUACCAUUUGAAAAAUAAGCAGCUACGUGUGUACUGCCUGCACCUACAUAAAGGUUUCAUUCGUAAUGUUAGUAUUGACACGGUUUUAUUUAAAUAAUAAACAAAAGCAAAGCAUUAUAAUAAUUUAACGAUUCUCGUUUUAUAUCUUACUCUUAAAUAACUACUUCAGUACCUACAGUCGGUUUUUUUUUAUAUUUUACUUUUAAAAUGCGAUUACAAGUAUAAUCGUUCACACUCUACCUAGAUAGAGAUAAAAAGUUUCUUUUCCUACGUAAUCGAGACGUAAGCUAAAGCUAUUAUCGCUUUAAAGUGGCUGACAGACUUUUAUCACCGUACCUACAUACUAUAUCUGUAAACAAUCCGCUCUGUUAUUACAAAACUGUCCAAAAAUGGAGUGUAGUGUUUAAAUAAUAUGUGCACACGUAGCAUAACAGACUCUUAUUUUCAAACUGUUCGUAAUGUACCUACUUGUAUUUAAUUCUGUUUUUUUUUUAAUAUUGCAAACCUGCAUAGAAUAAUGAACUUACAAAAUUAAUAUUACCUACCUGCGCCAAUUUAUUAAUAAUAAAUUAAUUUAAUUAGUGAUACUUUCCUAAUAAUAUAACCUAUUAUAGUCUUGUACCUAUAUACUAUACUGGAGGCCUUCGUGUAGAGUAUUGUAUAUCUCUUAUAAAUUUAAAUGCAAUUUCAUAGUGUAAAAUUUCACGACCAAGUUCGUAUCUUAAAAAUGAUGAUUAUCACUAGGUUAGAUUCAAGCACUGAUUUAUUAAAUAUGCUUUUUCUAUCGAAUAUUUGGUAGAGAUUGGAUAAAGUCCAAUGUGAUUUAUUUAAUUAUUGAUGUAUGUAUUUAGUGAUAAAAGCACGUAUUUGUAAUAAUAGCCCUCUGAUAAUGCCUUCUUAAGUGGUGACGAAAUAAAUAGUAAUUUGUUCAAAAUGUAGUGAAUUUUUAAAGUUUAUAAAAAAUCCUAAUUGUACGUUAUUGUACUGGUAUUCAUUAUAUACAAAAUAUAUCAGAACAAACCUUAUGCUUGUAUUUUUCUCCCUCGUAAAAAAAGAUUCCUUGUAUCUGAAUUUUAAUAUCCGAGAGAGCAACAGAAGACAUUACAAUUGUCGAGCAUUUUGUAUUAGUUACGGUUCAUUAUUAUUGGGUAUAUACAUAAUAUAAACAAAGUAUCAUUCGAAACGAAACAGGGGUCGUGCCGUGAACUCUUACCGGCUCGAUCCUAUUUUUAGAGAGUGAGGUAACUUAUGUGGAGAGACAUCUCGCUUUUAACGUUGAUUUUGUAACGCUUUAUGAGGUCAUAAAUACGUUCCCUAAAAGCGGUCGUUUGUAUCUUAACUAUUUCCGCAAUACAAAAUCAGCCCUUCGACACGUCCUCUAUGCUAUGUUAGUCUUGGAAAAACUUGAAACAAGAUUGACGCAUGUAGUUGCAAACAGGUCCCCCACAGUCCCGGGACUUUUCGCUUUCCGAGCAGUAGCUCCAAUCUCGAGCGCUAUUACAAUAAACAUUGAUUUGAAACCAGAAUAAAAAAAUUCAAGCACUCUUAAACUAAUAAAUAAUAAUUAAUUAAUUAAUAAUUAAUUAUUCUUUAACUAAUUUAAUCUUUGAACAAAACCAUGGACCCGAAAGGUUAGAUUUUAGAGCCGCCUAAAUGAAAGCAAAUGGAAUUAUUCAGUUUUAUAAUACUAUCUUUCCGGAACACGAGAUACCGAUUUUUCACUGAACGAUCGCCAACAACAGCCUUGUUGUUGGCGAUCGUUCAGAUCGAACCAACAACAUAGACGUCUCUCUUUGCACAGUGCAACGGUGCGAGCAGCUUCUUGCACGAUACCUUUCAGUAUGACAUUAAAAGUUUGUAUACAUAUUUUCAAAUAUAACCCAAAUUGAAAGGCAACAUGAUAGGAGCUUAACGAGCCUGCUCUACGUCUCUGCAAUAUCACAGGCCGUUGGAAGCCGGCGGGCGUAACAAUCACAAGUGCGACGCGUCAAGAUAUCAUGGUACGACCCCAAUAAGACAAAAGUUCACCUAUUUCUUUUGUGUCACGUAGGGUAAAAUAGGGUAAACGGGCCUACGAAUUUCCAAUUUGCUGAGUAAUAUAUAGGUACGUCCAGUAUUAUAAAUUAUUUUGUGUUAGUACUGUCGUUAACGUUACUUUAUUUCUAAGAUUGUUGUAAAUUAGUGUGUUCUUUUAUUAUUAUUAUUAUUACUUACUAUUGUAAAAAUAUAUUGUUGAUAUUAAUAUUUAUUUCGGUCAGAGUUGAAAUAACUGCUCACUCAUUGAGUGCAACAAUUGUAUACCUACUUACUAACUUAAAGAAUCUCGAAUGUUUAAGGCAAAUUGAGUAUUUGUAAUGAAUACAAAUAGGCGAGAAAUUGUACGGUCUCCUCCUUUUAGACGAUAAAUCACCAGGGCAGGGUAGCAAUAGGAGUUCAAAACUACAAUUUAUAAAUUUCGAAGCUUUGUAUCUAUUUAAUGUUGAUUCACUGCAUACUCACAGCUGAUUGGGUACCUACUGUUGUCCGUGAAUUCCUUUAAAGUAUCUUGCAACCGCGAAGGCCAAGUUCGAGACCACUGUCUGAUAGGACAAAAUUAAAAAUAGGACACUAUAAGACUAGGCGCACACGUAUGGUUUCCGGAUCAGAAAUUUAAAUUCGGAUACGUUCCGGUUUUUUUAUUAGCUAAAGUCCAAAUCGAACGUUAGAUUUUUAACCAUUUUGAAAAAAUACGAACAGUGUGCGCCUCGUUGAACAUUUUGUAUAUAAGGACGUGCAUUCAGGUUUCCGGAUCAGGAAACGGACUCAGGAAACCGUACUUUCCUUGAUUUUCGUGCAUAUGUUCCCUUAUUUUAGAAUACCAUGUCUAUAAACUUUCAUAGAGCAUUAGCAGCGCUACUCUCUAAAGUAGGCUACGGGUUACAGCGCUGCGACAACGCUGCUGCUACCUACACAAAGUCGUCAUAGAUCUGAACAUUGAAUUAUAUAAUUGCACUUUAACUAUAAUUGUUCCGACUCCGAACGUGCCGCGUUAGGGUGCGGCCAGAGUGCACUCAGAUUCAGACUCAGAUUCAGAUUUCGAAAACAAGCGCGAGAAAUAAACAGUGUAGUCUAAGCAGGUUGCUUGCUUUUUCUCGCGCUUUGUUUUCUGAGUCUGAAUCUGAAUCU